AUGCCUCCCAAAAAGCCCGGUGAGAUGUCCGCGUUCGAGCGACGACGUCUCGAAAACAUCGCGGCCAACAAUGCUAUCCUCAAGGACAUCUCAAAAACGGCGGCCAAGAUCCUGCCGCAAAAGCCUAAAGUGCCGACACCUAAAAGAUCUUCCGCACCACGAGUCCGACGAGAGCAGCCAAAACGUGAGCCUGCCCGGCCGGUUCGGAUGAGCUCCCGGCUUGCGGGGAUCGAUGCCGAGCAAAUCAAGGUGAAGCGCGAGCUUGACCUGGUGGACACUGGCGCUGCAGACCGGCCGGCAAAGAAAACAAGAGUCAGUGGAGACCUGAAUCUGGGAGAAAUACUGGUAGAAGGCCGCAAAUUCUCUGGCGCCGAUGCCCUUGCCAGCUUGAAGUUCAGAGGCGCUGAGCCGGGCGUGAGGACCUUCUUCAAGGAGGAUGCUGAGGAUGUGGACGACUCCUCGCUGAAGGACAUGCGAGAGCAGAUGAGCUCAUUGCAGAUAUACGACAAAUGGGAGGUUAAUGAUAUCAAAAUCGUACCUCAGCGAAUUUACUCGAUGGGAUUUCACCCAACGGAGGAGAAGCAAAUCAUCUUUGCUGGAGACAAGGAAGGCGCUAUGGGCGUCUUUGACGCCAGCCAGGAGAAAGAAGUGCCAGAUGACGAUGACGAAGAUGCCCACAUCCCUGAUCCGGUGAUAGCUGCCUUUAAAACACAUGCUCGAACAAUAUCGACUUUCCACUUCUGCCCCACAGAUGCCAAUGCGGUAUAUUCUGGGUCAUACGACUCGUCGAUCCGCAAGCUAGACCUUGACAAGGGCAAAUCAGUAGAAGUCUGGGCCCCCUCAGACCCUAGCGAUGAUAUGCCGAUCAGUGCUAUUGAUAUGGCUUCUAACGACGGCAACGUCAUCUUCUUCUCUACACUGGAUGGACAAUUUGGGAAACACGACAUGCGAAUGAAGGCAGAUGACGCAGAAAUAUGGAGGCUGACGGAUCACAAGAUUGGUGGCUUCAGCUUGCAUCCGGCACAGCCUCACCUUUUUGCUACUGCGUCGUUGGAUCGUACGCUUAAGAUCUGGGAUCUACGCCGUAUCGCUGGAAAAGGCGAUCUACGGCACCCAAGCCUGGUCGGUGAACACGAGUCUCGUCUCUCAGUAUCUCACGCCUCAUGGAGUGCCGGUGGUCAGAUCGCGACCUCAAGCUAUGAUGAUACUAUCAAGAUCUACGACUUUGCGGAUGCUGGGUCAUGGGCCGUGGGUCACGAUAUAUCAGAUAAAAAGAUGAAGCCCACUCAUACAAUUCGUCACAAUAAUCAGACGGGACGAUGGGUCACAAUUCUCAAACCGCAGUGGCAGCUGCGGCCGAAAGACGGCAUUCACAAAUUUGCGAUUGGCAACAUGAACCGCUUUGUCGACAUCUUUUCUGCUGAUGGUACUCAACUUGCCCAACUGGAAGGAGACGGCAUCACAGCGGUGCCUGCCGUUGCACACUUCCACCCAACGCGCAACUGGGUUGUUGGCGGCACUGCUAGUGGCAAAGUGUGUCUCUGGAUGUGA